GGGAACAUGAAGCUGGCAUUCUUGGUGUUUAUUGCAUGUCUGCUAUGGUUGAGGGAUUGUCACUGUGCACCUACUUGGAAGGACAAAACUUCUAUCGGUGGAAACCUGAAGAGUUUUCCGGAGGCGGGGGAGCUAGAUGUGGAUGGAGAGGUGAAGGCAGCUUUGCUUGGUAUUAGGCAGAUGAAAAUCAUGAUGGAAAGAAGAGAGAACGAGCACACUAAACUCAUGAAAACCUUGAGGAAAUGCAAAGAAGAAAAGCAGGAGGCCCUGAAACUUAUGAAUGAAAUUCAAGGACAUCUGGAAGAAGAAGAAAGGUUAUGCCAGGUAUCUUUGGCUGAAUCCUGGGAUGGGUGCAGGUCUUGCCUGGAGGGCAACUGCAGGAGAUUUUAUGCAACCUGCCAACCUGGUUGGUCCUCUGUGAAAAAUAUGAUUGAGCAGUUUUUAAGGAAGAUGUACCUAUUUCUGUUCCCUCUCCAUGAAGACAAACAACACGAUCUCCCCGAGAGUGACAGUGACAGGCUCAGGCUCACAGAGGAAGACACGCAAGUGACCCACAUGGAGACUGUGUUCAGCCAGCUGACCACAGAUGUGCAAACCAUCUUCAACAGGAGCUUCCACAUCUUCAAACAAAUGCAGCAGGGAUUCGACCAGGCUUUUCAGUCAUACUUCUUGUCAGACACAGACUUCAUGGAGUCUUCUGUUUUUCCAGCUUUACCCAAAGAGCCAACUGAAAAAGCAGAUCUUGGGCAAAGGUGGGACACCCCCAACUUCUUCCAGCUGUUUUGUAGUUUCAGUCUCUCUGUUUAUGAAAGAGUCAGCAAGACAAUUACCCAGACACUGAAUGUCAUGGAGGAUUCGCCAAAACAGGACAAAGGCCAUGCUGGGCUGGUGUCAGAGAUGCUAUCUGAGCAAGGCAGAGAACCAUGUAGGGAACUUGGCCAGAAUUUAUCUGGAUGUUUCGAGUUCCAUGAAAGAUGCCAAACAUGUCAGGAUUACCUAUCUGAAGACUGCCCUGAUGUACCUGAACUCCACAUAGAAUACGAUGAGGCCCUUCGAUUGGUCAACGUAUCCAGCCAACAAUACGACCAGAUUGUCCAGAUGACGCAGUACCACUUGGAGGACACCACGUAUCUGAUGCAGAGGAUGACAGAGCAGUUUGGUUGGGUGUUGGAACUGGCGAACCAGAUCCCAGGAGCUGAGAAUAUCUUUAAUUCAACAAAGGUAGCACCAAGUGAUGGUCAAGGAAAUUCUUCCAAACAAGAUGAAACCACGGUAAACUCGGCCCUUCUGCCUUCCUCUAAUCUCACACUCAAGAUCGCUCUUAAAGAAAGUGCUGAGAGCUCUAACUUCAUUGGCUAUGUGAUAGCAAAAGUUCUAGAGCAUUUUAAGGAACAUUUUAAAACCUGGUAA